AUGUCAAACGAACACAAGAAAGGCCCUGGCGGUCAUUAUUCGGGGGCCAACCCCAUCCCGAAUAUACAAAGAUUCAUUCAUAGUUUAGAUGUCGAUAAAAAGGAACGAGAUGCCAAGAUACAGGCGCAGAUGGACGCCGGAAAGGGGCCCCAAAAUGGAGUUCGGGAUCACAAACCAGGCCAGCCGGCUGGUGUAGUAGGUACCAGAAAAUCUGUCACAGAUCCUACAACGGGCCGGCAAGUCGAGAUUGAAGAUGUCAAUGCAGAUUUCAUGAAGGCUGCCGACGACCCACAAUUAUCUGUACCCAACGCGAACCUCGGAAAGGAUACCCCCAUAAAGACCGAUCCCAAGCAAUCUCUCGAAGAAUACAGGAAGAAUCAAGAUGUCACUGCACCUCCCGAACCCGUAGAACCUGGCACUACCUCAGAUGUACCUAUCCAUGGGGAAAAGACAAACAUUCUCUUUCAUCCCACACCAUCUAUAAGCUUUGAGCCUAUGUUUGAAGCUCUGGAGACGAGGUCUACAGUACUUUGUGCAGGUAUAUUUAUAGCCAUAGUGGUCCUGGGCAAGAUGUUUGGUGGUGCACUUUAUGGAUUGGUACCUUUGGGGGCGUGCAUUUCUUCCGGUGUAUAUCUAUGGAUGAAGGAGGUUGUUCGCUCUGGCCGUACGCUAGAAUGGUCCAGUGAGCAGAAACGUGGAGAGAUGGCAACUGCAAACCUCAUACCUGAAUCCGUCGAGUGGAUGAAUACCCUAUUGGGGAUUAUGUGGGGGCUGAUCAAUCCCGAUCUUUUUGCUUCAGUGGCAGACACUCUGGAGGAUGUCAUGCAGGCUUCAGUCCCUGGCAUUAUCGAGAACGUCCGAGUUGCUGAGAUUAAUCAAGGCAGUAACCCAUUCCGGAUACUAAGCUUGCGUGCUCUGCCAGAUAAACAUGUUCAGGAGUUGAAAGACGACAUCCACAGGCAGAACCAGGAGAAAAAGGAUCCCCAAGAGUUAGCAGCAGAUGAGGAAGGCGGGGAUUAUUACAAUCUGGAGUGCUCAUUUGCUUAUCACGCUGCGCCGUCUAGCGGCGGUGCUUCUUCAAAAGCAAAGAAUAUGCACAUGCAGCUGGUCUUUUACCUGGGUGUAAAGGGACUUUUUGGAGUUCCGCUUCCCAUAUUCGCCGAACUUCAUGGCUUUGUUGGAACUAUCCGAUUGCGCCUUCAGAUGUCUCCAGAACCUCCUUUCCUAAAAUCUCUCACGUUCACCCUCAUGGGCCUACCGAAGAUCCAAGCAGGCUGCGUACCAAUGUUUGAUACUGGUGUAAAUAUUCUAAACCUUCCCCUCAUCUCAAACUUCGUCAACUACGCUAUUGGUGCUGCCGCCAAUGAAUAUGUAGCCCCCAAGUCAAUGACCCUUGAUGUGAGCAAAAUGCUUCAGGGUGACGAUAUUCAAAAGGAGGUGGAAGCUCUUGGUAUUCUAUGGAUUAGAAUCCACAAAGCUACUGGCCUCAGCAAGCAAGAUCGUCGUGGAAGUGACGGUGGUGGCAGCGACCCAUAUAUCACAGUCAGCUUCUCUAAAUACGGAAAGCCAAUGUACUGUACCAGAGUCAUUGAAGACAACCUCAACCCGGUGUGGGAAGAAACUUGCGCUCUAUUGGUCACCCCAGGUCUCAUCAAGGCGGACGAGCAGCUUUCUAUGGAGCUUUGGGACUCUGACCGGUCGACCUCGGAUGAUAUAGUUGGGAAGGUCGAACUUUCAAUGCAGAAGAUGAUUCAACACCCCGGCAAGAUGUACCCCCAGGUUUCGAAACUUGCCGGCAUGGAUGAAGGCAGCAGCAUGCCUGGCGAGCUUCAUUGGGAGGUCGGUUACUUUGGAAAACCUCAGUUUCGGCCAGCCCUUCGAAGUGACGGGAGGGAUGUCAACCUGCUUCCUGAACUUAGGGAUAGGAAAGAAUUACAAGAUGAGGUAGGAACUCUGAGCAAUGCGGAAGAGGAUGCUGUCGAGCAUACUCCACCGGACCCACUGUGGCCGAGCGGCAUUUGCAGUGUUAUCGUUCAUCAGAUUGUCAACCUGGAGCUUGAAAACAUCAAGGGAAGCAAUGGCAACCGUAAGGGUAGAGAAUUCGAACCAGCUCAGGAGGCUGGCGAGAAUAAGGAGGAGCAAAACAAGAAGCUACCCACAAGUUACUGUACUAUCUUGUAUAACGAUGAAUUGGUCUAUCGCACACGUUCGAAAGCUGUCAGCAGCAAGCCCAUCUUCAAUGCUGGUACUGAGCGUUUUAUACGAGAUUGGCGAUCAUGUAUCGUUACUGUCACCGUUCGGGACCAACGCAUGAGGCAACACGAUCCUAUCCUUGGGGUCGUUCCUUUGAAGCUAUCCGAUAUCCUCCAAUCGAGUUCACAAGUCACGAGAUGGUAUCCUCUCGAUGGUGGGAUCGGAUUUGGCCGUAUCAGAAUCUCUCUGUUAUUUCGAAGCGUUGAAACACGUCUGCCGCCACAACAACUAGGUUGGGACGUUGGUACAUUCGAAUUCACUUGCGAAGAUAUAGUUGCUACUGGCUAUCACACUGUUAGCAAGCUCAAGAUGAGAACCGGUGGUAGUACUGCUAAAAUUCCCCGAACUCAAUGCAGGAAACUGGACCAAGGGGAUGGGGUCUCUUGGGGUGUUACGAAGAGGGAUGGGAAACGCAAGGUGCGACUGCCAGUUCGAUAUCGAUACCGAUCUCCCAUCAUUUUUGAAUUCCACUCGGCCAUUAAACGCCAUGCUGAUGCUUAUGCUAUUAUCUGGCUUCAUCACCUUGAGGAUAACAAAGAGGAGGAUAUCAAUAUUCCGAUAUGGAAGACGGAUAAUGGUAUGCGACUAACUCAGAACUAUAUCACGGAGGAGAACUAUAAAAGCAUUCCGGAUAUCAACAUUGAAGAAGUUGGCCGUUUACAGUUCCGUGGACGAUUCAAAGCUGGCACAGACGAGGAUCACGCUCGCUUUGUUUCUGACAAUGAUUCGCGCGAGACGCAAGAGACGUGGGAGGCCUGCAACUCCGAAGGUGUCAGAGAUCGUGUCGUUACGAAUGAACUACCGCCCGUCAUCAAAAGUCUGCACGAGCAGUCUCUUACCCAGGGUCGUGAUGUUCUUGCUCAAGCGGACGAAAGCGAGAAGCAAAAAUGGCUGGCCAAGGAUGGUACGGACUGGAGUGGCGCCUUCGGUGAAGAUCCAGCUCAGUAUGUUCCUCGGAAGAGCAAGUACUACCAUGCUAAUUCUGGUAGUACCGCUGGGAAGCAAAAGGAAGGUCACCUCAAUGAAGAAGACACAGGCGAGAGGGGCGAUCACACUGGAGAGCAUCAUGACGAUUCGGACUCAGACACGGACUCGGACUCAGAUGAAGACGAUCUCGGUAUACGCGACGCUUUGAGUCCUCCUGAUGAAGCGCGAGGCGAGCAGCAGGGCCAAGACGAAGACGAAGACGCCAACGCGCAGUCUGGAUCAUCUCACGCCAAGAACCCGAUCAAGCAGCUUAAGGCUUAUAAGGAAAGUAGCAAGGGCCUACAUCGAAAGCAACGGGGUCUGAUGCAGUGGAAACCUAUGAGGAACCUGCAGUUUGCCAAGGACGAGGCUAAAUUCGCCGUGAAAAAAGUGAAAAACAGGGCAAGUCUGCAUGGCAGACAGCCAGAUGUGGAGACGGAAGCUUGA